CGCUAUCUUUCAGGUCCAUUCAAGAUCAAUGGAGUACCGAUCCGUCGUGUCAACCAGACCUAUGUCAUUGCUACAUCAACCAAGGUUGACAUCUCUGGUGUUGAUGUCUCGAAGUUUGAUGACAAGUACUUUGCCAGGGAGAAAAAGCAGAAGGUGAAGAAGAUCGAGGGUGAGCUUUUUGAGACAGAGAAGGAGGCGUCCAAGUCGCUGCCUGAUUUCAAAAAGGAUGACCAGAAGGCCGUGGAUGCUGCUCUGAUCAAGGCUAUUGAGGCUGUCCCAGAGCUGAAGGCCUAUCUUGUCGCUCGGUUCUCCCUUAGGGAUGGUGACAAGCCCCACGAGAUGGUCUUCUAAUCCGAGUUUUGGAGUUCGGAGGAAGCCGUUUUGGCUGUGCUCUCUUGACAAGCCCCAC